UGUCGACACCCCUGAAAUUGUCCUGGCAAAGACCAAUGCUCUGCAAAUCAGCAAGCCGUUAUAUCGAGAUGCUUGGGAUAAGGAAAAAGCAAAUGUGAACAUCCCUGUUGACACGCCUGAGAUGCUACAGUCCAAGAUCAAUGCCAUGCAGAUCAGCAAUAAACAAUAUCAACAAGCUUGGGAAGAUGUCAAGAUGAAAGCUUAUGACUUACGAGCAGAUGCCAUUGGAAUUAAGCAUGCUAAGGCUUCAAGAGACAUUGCUAGUGAGUAUCUCUACAAAUCUGCUUAUGAGAAAACAAAAGGCCAUUACAUUGGAUGUCGCACUGCAAAGGAAGACCCUAAGCUUUCUUGGGCUGCUCAAGUGUUGAAAAUGCAGAAUGACAGAUUGUAUAAGAAGGCCUACAAUGACAAUAAGGCCAAGAUCUCUAUACCAGUGAACAUGGUGUCCAUCAAUGCUGCCAAAGAGGGCCAGGCAUUAGUGAGUGAUGUGGACUACCGUCAAUACCUCCACCACUGGUCAUGCUUUCCUGAUCAGAAUGAUGUGAUCCAAGCCAGGAAGGCUUAUGACCUGCAAAGUGAUGCCAUCUAUAAGGCUGACUUGGAGUGGUUGCGUGGUAUUGGCUGGAUGCCAGAAGGUUCUCCUGAGAUAUUGAGAGUUAAGAAUGCCCAGGAGAUUUUGUGCGACAGUGUCUACCGGACACCUGUGAAAGACCUUAAGUAUACGAGCAUUGUUGACACUCCUGAAGUUGUCCUUGCUAAGGCAAAUGCUGAAAACAUCAGUAUUCCCAAGUACAGAGAAGUUUGGGACAAAGACAAAACCUCCAUCCAUAUCAUGCCAGAUACCCCAGAAAUUAAUCUGGCCAGAGCAAAUGCUCUUAACGUGAGCAAUAAACUUUACAAAGAAGGCUGGGAUGAAAUGAAGAUGAGCUGUGAUGUGAGGCUAGAUGCCAUUCCAAUCCAGUCUGCCAAGGCCUCCAGAGAGAUUGCCAGUGAUUAUAAAUACAAACUGGACCAUGAAAAGCAGAAGGGCCACUAUGUGGGAACCCCUACUGCCAGAGAUGAUAACAAGAUCCGCUGGGCCUUGAUAGCAGGCAAGAUUCAGAACGAAAGAGA